AUGCAAUCCCGAAAUAGCGCACAUAUCUCAAAGCUCAAACCGUCAAGCGACCUCCAAAAACUGGUGUUGGUUUUAUGCGAUGACACAUUACGUAGUUACGCGCGCGGGGUCACAAUUACAACAUCCCACGCCACGUUCAACGUCGAUCGGCAUGCGGGCAUUCGAAUCUGCAUAGAGCAGCUAUGUAAAGAAGAGCUGUCUCACUCCUUCGGUGCUGUCCUAGCGACGGGAACAACCGUGUUUUCCGGACCGUAUUCCUACGUUAUCGUCUUUGUAGACCAGCUUGAUAAUCCCGAAGUUCUAGUGAACGGAGAGGCUUUGGUAGCGCAUGGCGACGAUAUCGAACUUGGAAGAGUAGAGUCAAGCGUGAAACAGCUUCCGCGACCGGGAGUUGCAAUUACGAAGACGACUGUAGUCGCCACCUCACCCGCCGAGCUUGCCUCACCCGUCGAGCCUACCAUCCCCAACGAUGCUAACAUUCUUUUCGAGGAGCGUUACGAUAAAUGGGGACAGGACGCCAUUCUCGCAAUCUACAAAUACAAGGGUCUUUCGUUUGACGAUACCAAUUUCCAACUGCUCAUCGACACGCUUCGGAAACAUAACACUGAGGAGUGGAAAGCUCUUCGCUUACUACAAGAAAUUACGCAGAAGGAUGAACUCGCGAGGUUCAUAUUAAGAGAUGCCACUCUGAGUGAGCCUCGCAGGCGAGUAAUUAUGAGGGAGGUUCGAGCUCGCGGUGUGAAAUGGACUCCUGCAUUCCACGAGGAAAUCGAGACCACUCUCGACUGGGGCGAGAGUUUGACGAUUGAAUAUCAAGAUAUCGUAUAUCACCCCCUCGUAAUCGGCAAUGCAAAGGAAGAGCAAGACGGUAUCGAACAAAGCGCGGAGAUCGCAAAGCCCCCUGCAUUGAGACAUCCUGAAUGGUUCUCCGUAAGGCAUGGAAUUGGUAAGAUUUGGUUCAGUCCACCCCCAUCAUACCAGUUCAAUUGGCAAUCCCGCGGAACAAGCGACAGAAGGAGGUGA